UGUUUGCGAUGCACUGAACAAUGAUUAGAUGGACGAUUACGUGCACACUUGGGGAGAAGUUAAUUACUAAACGGAAUCAAUUCUAAAUCCCGCAAAAAUCACAGAGGACUGAAAGCCCUUGGAUGACUUUACGUACUCAUAGGAUACCAUCACAGGCCCGCUUUAAAACAGCAUCUUAAGAUUACGUGUCUUACGUCAGGGCGUCACGAUAUUUCUGACACCCCAACAAAAGCACAGACAAUAAUUCAUCCGAGUGAUUAGCAUACCUAUCUUUGCUAGCAUAUAAACACGACAGCCUACCCGCCUGGCAUAGUUAGCAUCGACCUGCUAGGAGGCACUUAGGCGUAAGGACACGUGAAAGUGACAAGUACUACUUCAGUUGGACUUACAGAAAUUGACAAGCAAUACUUCAGUUGGACUUAGUGAAACUGACAAGUGGAACUUCCAGUGGACUUAGUGAGUCUGCUGCUGAAAUUGACGAAUGCAAAUGUAAUUCGCUACCGACGGGUCUCAUUCUGUCAAUUGGACUAAGUGAAAUUGACAACUGAUUGUUUUAGUUAUUUUUACGUGGAUUAAUUGGAUUGUUAUUUAUUCGAUUCUGACUGAAUUUUACAUUCACUCAGAAUUCAACUCGACCUUCUUAGGUCGAAACACAAGGUGCUAAACGUAGGAUAUAUACAGCGCCAAGAGGCUUGCCAAUCUACCGUCAAAACGUCGGAGGAAUCCUGCCAAAAUUACGGCCUCACUUGGUUCACCUGAAGACACACCCAUGCCAGCCAAAGAAGAGACGACGGCGACGUCACCGACGUCUUCCAAUACAGACGUCAAGAAAGCUCGUCCGAAACGUGAAAUUGGUGCCCCGAACUCGACAGUCACCGCUAACAGCCAUUGGGAUAGCCCGCCUACCGGACUAGAAUUCAUAAAACCUGACGAUCCACAUUUUGGCUUUACCCCGAUGACACCAGACGAAAGUCACAGUGGCGUCAACCAACUCGGCGGCGUGUUUGUAAACGGUCGCCCCCUCCCGGACUCGACCCGGCAGAGAAUAGUCGAGCUAGCUCACAGUGGAGCUAGACCGUGCGAUAUAUCGCGAAUUCUACAAGUCUCAAACGGCUGCGUGAGCAAAAUUCUUGGACGUUACUACGAGACAGGGUCGAUUCGGCCCCGUGCCAUAGGAGGCAGCAAGCCCAGAGUGGCCACCCCGGAGGUCGUUGGGAAAAUAGCGCACUACAAACGGGAAUGUCCCUCAAUAUUUGCCUGGGAGAUCCGGGAUAGAUUGCUCUCAGAUGCAGUGUGUAAUCAGGACAAUAUUCCAAGUGUUUCAUCAAUAAAUCGUGUGUUAAGAAACUUAGCCAGUGAAAAUCAAAAACAACUGGGACAAAGCUCAAUGUACGAUAAAUUGGGACUAUUAAACGGCCAGGCGUGGCCGCGGCCUAAUCCGUGGUACGCACCGAACACUCACCCCGCCAUGACGGGCCUCACAGCACAUCAUCCUCAAUAUCCACCACAGCCACAGCCUCCACCAAUCUCACCCACGAAAAAAGAGAGCGACGGUCACAGUAGUGCAGACUCACACAGCGGGGACACACCGAAUGGCAAUGAAAGCGAAGAGCAGAUGAGAAUACGUUUAAAAAGAAAGCUUCAGCGAAAUCGGACGUCGUUCACAAAUGCACAAAUUGAGGCUUUAGAAAAAGAAUUUGAAAGAACACAUUACCCAGACGUCUUCGCGCGUGAAAGAUUAGCACAAAAAAUAGACUUACCAGAAGCUAGAAUACAGGUUUGGUUUAGUAACAGACGAGCAAAAUGGCGGCGGGAGGAGAAGCUCCGGAACCAAAGACGAGAUGCAGCCAAUGGAGGCAGUCGCAUUCCCAUCAACAGUAGUUUUCCCAACAGCAUGUAUCCGUCUAUUCACCAGCCCAUAGCAACAAUGGGAGAAACAUACAGCAUGGCCCCAGUGGCAAAUUAUAGUCUGUCCAAUAGCAUCCCUCCCAACCCAGCUUGUCUGCAAUCGACGAAUUCACCAUCAUCAUAUUCAUGUAUGUUACCAGGAGGAUAUACAGGAACAGCUAGAAGCUAUGACCCCCUCAGCUUGAGUAGUUACUCCCGGCCCACCUGUAACCCCCACGCAGCAGCAAGCAUGCAGAGUCACAUGACGCAUCAAGCAAAUGGCGCUUCAACCGGCUUAAUAUCACCGGGCGUCUCCGUACCAGUACAAGUCCCAGGAGGUGGAUCAGCUCAGGACGUCGCCCAAGCACACAUGGCCUCGCACAUGGCCUCACAGUAUUGGUCCAGGAUACAGUGACCUUUGACCAUGUUUGGUGACCUUGAACACUAAAAGUCCCGGAUGAAGCGAAAAGGCAUCAUUGGGUGACGUUUGAAAUGAACUCUUUUUGUGCAAUUGGCAUGGGAAUUCGAUUUGAAGGAAGGAACAUUAUCGAUGUGAAACUGGUUAGUUCACGAGUGACAAUUCGGGAGGAUGACGUCAUUUUGGUACUAGGGUGUCAAGCCAUGACAAGACAAUUCAGGGAUGGAUAAAUGGACCUAAUUAAUGGGCACAUUUACAUAUCAGAAUCCAAACUUUUGUUGAAGAUGUGUCAGACGUUGUCUGAGUAAACUCAGAUUGGUAUAAAGACUAUAAAAAGACAAUAUUAGGCUCAAAUGUGCUUUAAGGAUUCAAAGAGCCAAAAAGACAAUUUUCAAUGACCAGCAUUGUUCAAUGCAUGUAAAUUAGUAUAGUACAUUUCAUAGUGGUAGUCACGUGUCUAUAGUAGUUACUAUUCAUAUGAAGAAGCUUAUUGUAUAUUUGUUUUGUAAUGUUGAAAGUACUGUUGGUUUCGUGAAGACGACAUGGUAGGCUUACAGCUGUCUCAGUCUCCGACAGCAGAGUUCUUUCUCCCGUUUUGGAGAAUUAGCCCAGCAUCUGGUACAUUUUUCUAAUUUCUCAACCAUGACAAUGUGAAAUGGACCCAAUCUUGCCAAUCUUUUGGUCUGAUUUUCAUUAUCUGCAUCUAUUCAAGUCUAAACCUUAAUCUUGUAAAUAAAACAAGUGAAUAUUGCAUAAUAUGAAAUUCUCGCGAGAUCUCAAAAAUUCUCACGUCACCUUGCGAACUAUCAAGAGAUUUCGUUAUAAUUUCAUCAUAGAAAUACACUGUUCUUGGCAAAAUACUUUUCAAAAUACAGUGCUUAGAAAUCUCACCAAAUCUCUUGAUAUCUCGUAGGAUGUCGAGAAAUAUGGAGAGUCGCUGGAAAUAGACAUUCACCCACAGCCGUGGUCCAUAGGUUCAGGGACAAAUCAACAAAAUGCUCAGCAUCCUUAUCUACAAAAGCAAAUAACAAAGCGUAAAUCAUUCACUGCAGACGAGUUUGUGACGUCCUCAACUGAAUUCGACUGCUGGGAAUACCAAACAUUGCUGCAUUUAUUUAUCGCUAACUUGUGUACUAUUUAUUAAAAAUCUAUAAAAAUUAUCAGUGGUUUCGGGGACAAAUUUGUUGGUACUUCUGUUCAUAUGAGGACGUCACAGUCUCCACAUAUGGAAAAAAAGCGAUUGUAGCUUGUUACGCAAUGCCAUUUCUCAUUUAUGCAUCAGAAGGAUAAAAGAGUCAACAUCUGUUCAGUCUGACAGUGACUGUUUUGUCACUUUUGGUGAUGGGGGGAGGUCACGCUUUUUAGCUAUGAACACCACUAAUUCUUCUGACGACAGAAACUAAUUUCCAUUUCAAAACCAGCUCGCAUUUGAAGUUUUGCCCAGAUCUUGCCGUAUAAGGACACUUCAUGCAACAUGAUGUAUAAGUCUAUCUGAUAGUUUAACCUCUAUUUUGAUAGCUCAUGUUCUAUUUGUUAGCCAAAUGACUAUUUUUCUCCUUUUUUCUCUCAGACACUGAUAGCAGUAAUUUUAUCGUGAUUUAUUUAUUUGUGUGUUUUACGUUAUCCAAGAGAAUACUCGACUUUUUCACUUUUAGUGAUGAAGAUUUAGCAAACUAGACCAGGAUAUGGAUAGGUAAAACGACUGUUCAGCAUUGUCUCAAAUCCGAUGAAGAUAGCAGCCUCCGGUCAUCCAGCCGUAGAUCACACUCAAGUUCGGUUAGUUUUGGGUGUGUAUCGACGGUUGAAUGACUGAGCGUAGAGCGACUAAAAACACUUGUGUUUGCGAUAUUAGUUUGCAAAGAUUAGAAACUGUCUACUUACUACAGUUGUAUGGUCUUGUAGUAUGCAUAGCUAUUUUGGACCGGAUAGGCCAGUUCUCGUCUUGAAAAGAAAUCUCAAUUCACUUUUGUAAACCCAUCCAAGAUGGCCGAACAUCGAACUUUUGUUAGACUUCGUGUGUGUGCUUUUUAGUUACGUAAUCUCAACGUCACGGUGCAAUACUAAAAAAUAUGUAUAACUGUACUUAAAGUAGUUUUGGAUUAAGUUAACUUUGGAAGGCUAAUGUACUCUCUGGUGAGCAAUGAUACAGGAGAAGGCGCCAGGAAGGUCGGGGAAACGAAAGACCAUAUUUUGGUUGGUACAAAUCAAAUUGACCGAAAAAGCCAUUUAGCUGCAUGAAGUAAAUAACAGACUCCAUUUUGAAUUGCCCUUCUAUUUCAUGAAAACCGCCCCCUCCUAUUUUGGAGUCCUGGCGCUGCACAUUCGUUACUCGAAACUAUUGGUCAUGGUCAUCUUUUUUCCAUGGUGAGGUUUUAAAACGAAAAUCUUGCAUUCUCAGAUUCCACAAGUCUUGCCUCCCAAUCUUAUUGCUUUCUAAUUCUAAUGCAAUUGGUUGCCAAAAGUAUGUAUUUUAACAAAUGUCCGUUGUAUUUCUAUGAAAGGAAUCUGUUGCAAAACGGUUAUAGAAAUGGGGAGUUUUGAACGGCCCAGUAAAACCAUAAUACGGGAAUAAGCUCUCAUUAAAAAAUCAAAUCAGUUUCGAGGACACCAUACAGUGGCAAAGCACUCAAUUAAUGUUUAUCCUACGAAUGUCAUCACCAUUAUCACUUUUCCAGAUGUAUUGUAUAAAACAAUCUAAAACACUCAAUCAACCACUGCUACGGUAGGCAUGGAAGAUUCCGUAGUGUUCGUCACAUAACAUUUCAUUCAUAGCACUGUUUCGAUUCCUUUGUCUGGUUCACUACAUGGCUGAGCUACAAGCACAAAGUAAUCCCCGGUCUUAUUCUCACAUUGAGUCAUCUAAAAACAUGGGUUACUCAACCAAUCAUGUAUUCCAGAUACCAUAAGACUUCUGACAACGGCUUUAGCUAUGGGAGGGGAUUGGGGGGCGAACUUUCGUACAUAAAUGUAUUGCCAAUACUCAAAUGUAAACAAGUCACGUACUCCCUAACCUUGUUCCAACAGUUAUUUCAUAAUGCUUCACAUGAAUAUUGCAUAAUAAGUCAACCUCUGACGAUGAGGUUGCUAUCAGAAGUUGUUACUUCUAUCGUCUGCCAAACCGGACGUCAGCGCAAUGCAACAUUGGUGCAACAUUGGAUGACGUAUCUCAUUACGCAUUGCGUUGAUAUCUCGGCGGAGUUCUACAAAGCUCUCAAAGAUCUACAUUAUUCAACAGUACGUUUUUCAUAGCUGUGAGCCAAAAUAAUUAAAUAAAAAUUGUGUAUCGCAACAUAAUGUCAAUAAAAUUCUAUCGAAUAAUCUAAAUAA